AUGUGGACCAAAGGAUUAACGCUAUGGAGGUUUACUUUGUGCAUGUUGUUCGUGGUGUCAGCGUUUGCCGCUGUAGCGAGAGCUGACGACGACAUACCAUCUGAAUCACAAUGCCGGCCAUACAUCGAAAAAGCUCUUAAAGAGCUCGAGUCAGGAGAUGUGGAACCAGACUCUGCCGAAAAGAAUGACAGUAGUGAAGUAAGCAUUGACGAUAGAGACGAUUCAAAAGAAGAUGGAGGUCAAACAGCUGAAGCGGAAGACAGCAUAGAAGAGGAUGUGCCAUCUGUAGAAAUAGCGGACGAGCCAUACGUCUCCCAAGCCUCCAUUGAAGAGGUUGAAAGUACAUCUAACGACGCUGACUCUAAAGAAGGGAUUGAAGAAGCCGAUGGAGAUAGCAAUGAACAACAAGAUGAUGGAGGCCAGGAAGAAGGAGACAGCAAAGAGGAAACAGCAUCUGCUGAAGAUGAAACAGCUGAACAAGAGAGUGCAGAAGAAAAGGACGAAACUAAAGAAAGAAGUGACGACGCCUCCAAAGAAGGAUCUGAUGAUGAUAGUAAAGAAGUGAAGGACGAUUCUAGACAAGAAGGUGAACAAGAGUCAGUGAGUGAUGAUGAUAAGAUAGCGGAAGAUGCUGAUACAUCCCAGGAAAGCAAAGGUGACAAUGAUGAAGACAAGACAAAAGAAGACGAUGGAUCUCAAGAAAAGGCUGAUGAAUCUGAAGAAGAACAGGGUAGUAAACAAGAUGACGACUCCCAAGAAACUCCAGAUGAUGAAUCUAAAGAAAGUGAUGCAGACGCAGAAUCUGAAGAAAAACCCGUAUCCGUAGAAAAAAAAGAUGAGUCCAGUGAAGCGAAAGAUCAAUCGGAGGAACAGAAAGAUGAAUCGGGAGAAACCAAAGAAAAAUCUGAGGAAGAGACAGCUGAAGAAACAGAUGAAACAGCUGAAGACAAAGAGAGCUCAGUAGAACAAAAAGAGGAUUCAGCAGAAGAGAAGGGUCAAUCUGAUGAAAAAGAAGAAGCUUCUAUCGAAGGAGAGGAAGGAGGAGUAACUGCCUCCGAGGGUAUGGAAAAAGAAGCUGAAGCUACAGAAGAUAGUGAAGGUUCAGAAGAAGCUGGAACUGAAGAAGAAGAAGGAGCGCCUGAGGAAGAUUUAUUACUUACUGGUGAAAUUCCCAAAAACCUAAGAUCUCGUGAUCACAUAACCAAGAUUUUAAGAUUAGACGAAGAAGCUAGUGAAUCAGAAUUAACUAUAGAAAAAUCAGCUGACAUCAUACUCAGAGACCUCAAGAGGCUAUAUGAAAACUCAAUCAAACCACUUGAAGGUCUUUAUAAGUACAGGGAUUUAAGUAACAGACAUUUUGGUGAUCCAGAGAUAUUUUCAAAGCCUUUGAUAUUGUUUAUGGGGCCAUGGAGCGGUGGAAAGUCUAGCAUUUUGAACUACCUUACAGGACUCGAAUUCACAGAGUGGUCACUGAGAACCGGAGCUGAACCCUCGCCAGCUUAUUUUAACAUUCUUAUGCAUGGCAAAGAUCCGGAAGUAUUAGACGGCACUCAAUUAGCAGCUGAUUGGACAUUUUCGGGACUGCAGAAAUUCGGCCAAGGUCUAGAAGAGCGAUUGCGGGGCUUGAGAUACCCGAGCAAAAUUCUAGAGAAAGUGAAUAUCGUCGAAAUUCCUGGAAUAUUAGAAGUAAGGAAGCAGGUGUCACGUGUUUUCCCUUUCAACGACGCCUGCCAAUGGUUCAUCGACCGCGCUGACAUCAUCUUCUUAGUAUAUGAUCCUUCUAAGCUGGACGUAGGUCCCGAGACUGAAGCUAUACUCGACCAACUCAAAGGCAGGGAGUCUCAGACACGCAUCGUGUUGAACAAGGCUGAUAUAGUAAAACCGGAAGAGCUGAUGCGUGUACAAAGCGCAUUAAUCUGGAAUAUCUCUCCAUUGAUGAGCUCGGCACAGCCGCCAGUCAUGUAUACGGUGUCCUUGUGGUCAAUGCCCUUCGAGGCAGGCGCUCCCGUACGUCUGCUGCAAGCCCAGGAGCGGGAGCUGCUGAGGGACUUGCGACAGGCCAUAGACAAGCGUAUUGAAAACAAGAUUGCUAGCGCUAGGAGAUUCGCUGUACGCGUAAGGAACCACGCGAAGAUGGUCGACUGCUAUCUUACUACUUAUUACAACCACAAGACUAUAUUCGGCAACAGAAAGCUGAUUGCCGAUGCCAUUAUUGAAAAUCCUCAAAACUACCACAUCUAUGAGGGUCUUAGUACAUUAACUAAUAUUUCCAGGUACGACUUGCCAGACCCCGAAACGUACCGGGAUUUCUUCAGGUUGAAUCCCCUAUUUGAGUUCUCGCAGCUGUCGGCGACGUGCACAUACUUCAGGGGCUGCCCUAUCACGCGGCUUGACGUGGCCAUCGCGUACGAUCUGCCAGAACUCGUGGGCAAGUACAAGAAGAUGGUGGAGACUGCAACGCCCCAGGGCAUGCCCAAGAGUUGA